GAGGAAAAAGGCGGGAGCCGUUUGCGGCUGUCACCCCUCCCGCAACACGCGCCAGCCAUGGAGGGAUACGAGAUGCUGAAGGUGCUGCCUUAUGGGGCCCUUGGGGCGAUGCUGCUGAUGGAAUCAAAAACAGAGAAGGAAAAGACUGGUGUGAGAAAGAAGUAUAUUAUGAAAAAGGUUGAAUGCACUGAUGAAAAACAAGCAAACGAUGCUCUCCGAGAGGCCAUGGAACUGCUGAAAAUGAAACAUCGGAACAUCUGCACCUACAAAGAGUUUUUCAUCACGUGGGACAACAAGAUUUCCUCCAUCUUUCUUUGUCUGGUGAUGCAUUACUCAGAUCAAAGUGACCUUUCCUCUCUGAUCAAGGCCAAGAGGCAAAAGCAUGAGAAAAUUAAGAAGAUGGUGAUUAAGAUGUUUCUGGGGCAGAUGGUGGAUGCUUUAGUUUACAUCCACGGACAAACAAUUUUUCACAGCAUCCUGAUAUCUUUCAGAAACCUCAAACCAUCCAACAUCCUUUUAGCUGGUCAGUCAUCCUUCAUGCUGUGUGAUUUCAGCAUGGAAACCCUUAUGACGGAUGAGAUGAAAUGGAAGAUCAGGGUGGAAGAAGAUCCUCAUUUUAAAUCCUGGAUGGCUCCAGAAGUGCUCAACUUUUCUUUCAGUGACAAAUCUGACAUCUGGUCUCUUGGCUGUAUUGUGCUUGACAUGAUGAGCUGCUCCGGUUUGAAAGUGAAAGAUCCAGUUUCAUUUCUGCAUGACAUUAAGGAGAAUUCCAGUCACCUUGAGGAUGCUCUGAUAUCCAUGAAGCAUGUGGAUACCCCUUUGUCUUCCAUUUUGCUUAUGAUGCUGAAGAUUCAGCCAACUAUGAGGCCCACAGCUCAGGAGAUGGUUGAUGAUGCAUUUAUUAAAGAAUGCCUGAUUCUAGCUGGUUCACCCCUAGUAAAGAUGAAGAAGACGCUACCUCCAGAAUUACUCGACAUCGUUUGUAAUGGUGGAAUCCAGACUGUUCUAGAAUUCAUGUUGUCCUACCCGGAUGUUGAGGCUGCUCAAGAAAAGGGCAUUGAGCGUCUAAUUACCCUCUUGAAGGAAGGAAAGGUCAAUCUAAAAAUCUUCCUUCGACUAAUGGAUCCUGUGACUUGUGCAAUGAAGGACCACAUUGAUUCUCCUGAGGUCCAGUUAGCUGGAUAUUCCUUGCUGCUUGAGAUCGCUAGCAGAGCUGUGGAGCAGAACCGGAACAUGGAAAUCCUGGCCUGUGAAAACAUCCUCAGUUGUCUCUUGAACUCAGUGAGAACCCAUUUCAACAAUGAAGAGCUGAUCUGUAUGAUUUGCACUUUGUUCAUGAUGAUGUCAACUAACGAAGUGGCUGCAGAGGCCCUGAGGAAAGCUGGUGUCUUCACAGACAUCCUGACCAUCCUGGGUAACUUCGCUCAAAACAAAGAGAUCUGUUUUGCUUGCUGUGGGGUUAUUUGGAGCCUGGUUGUACACGUGACGGAUGUGGCUGAAAGCCCACUGAAAUACGCCAUCGAGGUUGUCUCUAUAAUUCUCCACAUGCACCUUGAGCAUGCAGAAGUGGCAGAGGUGGCAUGCUGUGCUUUCUGGGCCCUGUCUCUUCACGGUUGUAUAGAUGAAGCUAAUUAUGAAACCUAUUCCAUGCUUCUCCUGGAGGCCCUCCGGCAACAUCCUGAAAGGCCAGUGCUGGCGAAGAACGCCUGUCUGGCAUUGGCAAGCCUCUUAAGGACAUCUGAGUUAUGCGGCUUCCGAUUCAUAGUAACAGAUGAGAAGGGCAAUGGGAUCACCCUGCUCAAAGACUGCUAUCAGCUCCACCGUGAGGAUCCUGAAGUAGUGGAAAACAUUUGUAUGCUGAUCGACGAGAUGUUUAAAUAUAAUGAAAUAGUGUUGGAGAUGGUCUCCCAGAACAUUAUUGAGUUGCUGACUGAAAUGAAGAACCGGUUUACAUCCAGUUUGGAAAUAGUUGCCCUUGCAGAAAAAGCACUCUCAAAACUGCAUAAGAAAGGGUACCUUACCUGAAACGAGGCAUGGCUCACUGCAGGAAGCCCUUCCUUGACAAAAAGCGAAUGUAAAUCAGCUACUUGCAAAGAUGAAUGCCAACAGGAUUCAAGGAGCAUGCUACAUUUGGGGGGGGAUUUUGGGCCUUCUAUCUAUUCUUAUUAUACAAAACAGUGUUAAGAAUUGUUACACAGU